CGGGUUGUCUUUGGAGCCAUGGCCAGCCCUAAGUGAGCUGGCCUCAUCAGCUGAUGAACAUCAGCUGAUGGCAAAGUCUCCAACAACGCUCUACAUCUUGUGUGCCACCAGUCACGAGUGCGAGUGCUUGUCUACAGUAGAGCAGUCACAGUAGCAGCUAUAGGUCUGCUCGGAUCUUCUCGAGUCUGCUGGCGCUGCCGCAACUGUCGAUCUCGCCUGGCACAUCAACGCCUCGUUGCCACCACCUUCUGCUCACCCAAAUCACGAUCCGCGGACGCCCAACCUCAAGCGAGCACGAACGAGCUUCAGAGACAAGUCUCUGUCGGAGCACAAUGGAUGGGGGCGAUAGCUCAGCGCCUGUCUCUCCGCUCCCGGAGGCUAGUAGUCAUCAUCGACCUCGUCUGGCCGACAUGUUGACGGGUCCUGCAGGAGCAGAUAGGAGGAGCUCGUCUUCGAGUGCCCAUGAGACCACACCACUCUCUGCCAAUCAGGUGCAGCUCUCCAUCAGAUGUCCCUGUUUUGAUCCAUCUGGCGAUAGGCCUUGUGUGCUCUCUGUGGGAAAGGAGACUACCAUCGUGCAGGUCAAGAAGUUGAUAGAGCGCGAUUGGGCUGGGAAACCCAAAGCUGAAGGCAUGCGCUUCAUCAUGGCGGGUCGGCUGCUCAUGGAUGAUGAGCUUGUGGCAAGCUUGGAGACUAGCUCGACCGAUGGCUCGGUGCUGCUUCAUCUCGUGAUCCGCCCAGAUGUAUGGACAGAACCAAGACCCAUGCGUCAGCUGCCCAAGUCCAAGUCGCUAUCUCGUGAAUCCUCACACCAUCGCGUAUCUCCAGCUGCCGAGGCGCCCGUCACAUCCGGUGCUACAACUCCUGCGCGUCCAAGGUCGCCAGCGCGUUCAAGGUCGCCAUUCGCGUCUCGUCCUGCUACAUCACUGCCGGCGCGCUCUCCGACAUUCGGUGUCUUUCCCGUAUACGCAACUUCGCAGUCUGGACCUCGCAACUCUCCCAGUGCAAGCAGUGCGCCUGCUUACCAAGCUAGCCAACGCUUCGCGCAAAGGUUGCCAAAACUUUACGAGCUCCUUCGUCGAGCUGGACCGAACGACCAAAUGCUGCAGCAGUCGAUGACAAGAAUGCACGACAUGUACGUCGAUUACUAUGAGCGACUUUGGCACGCCGUGUAUAGCACAACCGAGAAGAGCAGCACUACACAGGGCCGCACUCAAAUUCCCAACCAUUUUACCCUGGACGCCGACUUUCGUCACUUCGAGGCCGUCGCUUUUGGCUGGGGACCUGUGCCCUCUGUCGAUACUUUGCUUCUUCUGACGCCAUCUUCGCAAAGCAGCACAUUGCAUCAGCGCGUGGAGAUUGACGGUCUGCCAUAUUUGCUGCGCGUAGAAGAGAAUAAGGCGCUUCGAGCCAUGAACAAGCAUCUGAACACGAUUCGCGAGAGGAUCCAGACGCUUGCAUACGCCCUGGAUCACAUGAACGCGAUCUCACAAGCUUCUACAGAUGCGAGCGGCCCUAGUGGAGCUUCUUCACAGAAUCCUCCGAGUAACGAUCCGCGCUCUCCUGAGUAUAUUCGUUGGGCUAUCGGGAACUUCACGCCACAAAAUCCAGAGGAUGCGCGCAUUGUGGUCCGAUCCAUUCAGAGGGGUCUGGCCCAGACAGGUGCACGUGGCUUGGGUCUGGACCGACCUCCUGGCGCUGCGAACAAUCAGCGAGUGAUCGUCCGACCUGCGGCUUUGAUGAGCAGGAUUCUUACGGAGCUCGCAGUCAUCGCUAUACCGCUCGCGUUUCUCAUCUUGAAACUAAGCAUUCUGGUUUAUGUCCUAACCCGAGGUGCAGGCAAGACCAAGAGAUACUGCAUCAUUGGAGCGGCGGGCGUAUUUGUCAUCUACGAGGGUCAGCGCAUGCUUGGACGCAGACGUCGUGCGCGCGAUAGAGCCAACCAGGAUAGAGCACGAAGAGCUCUCGACCAAGCUCGAAGAGCUCGUGGUGCGCAAGCGCAACGGCCCGGGACACCUGGUGGCACAGAUCGAACGGGCGCGCAGCCGAACUCGACCGCCCAGCCUAGAUCUAGUAUUCCACCACUUCCAGCGCUUCGCGCGCCCAGACGCUUCACAGUGCAGGCGUCAUCUCAACCAUCGUACUGGAUCGAACGCCUGGCUUAUCUGAACUUGGCUCAGGAGGACGCCGAGCUGGGAUUAGUUGCACACGAUGCACCCACAGAUCGACCCACAGGACCACCACCCGCGCGACCUACCGGGCUCUCGCAUGGAUUCUAUGCAUACGUGGUCUUGCCCCUCUUGCUCUUCGUAGGAACGCUCGUCCCAGAAAUUGAGUCUCGACGCCGGGCAGCUAUUGAUGCUCGCGACAACUUGAUCCGUUCCGCGGCGUUACUUGAAGAAGGUCGGAAGCAUGCCAUCGCAGCCCAGCAAGCCGCGUCUGCAGCAGCAGCAGCAGCUGAAGCCGAGGCAAAAGCAUCAAAAGACGAAGCUUCUGCGAAGCACUCGCAGGCUCCUUUACGAUCCGUCAGCCAGCGUACAGGCGAGGAUGUCGGUACAUCAUCUGCACACAAUCGUGGGGGUGCAAAUUCUGAGCAAACCAAUGAUGAGUCUGGAAUGCUACGAUCAGAGUAUUCUGAGCGUGUUCUCAGACAACGUGGGGCUGGUGGCAGGCAGAUCAACAUUCAAGAAGAGCUGGACGCUGCUAGGGCUGCUGCGGGCGAUGGGGACGAAGAGGAUCUUGACGCAGAGGAGGACAUGGGCUUCUUCUGAGCUUAGCAUGCUCCCACCAGUCUCGAGCUCCUUUGCAACUUUUCUUGGCUUUCAGAGUUUCUGCGACUUGGCUUGACCUCGGUCUUCGUCGACGAGCGUCUCCAUUCCCGCUAGCAUAAUCGACAUAAGCUAUCUCAUAUCGUCACGUCCCAACAUUCUUUUGUAUCUACCACUUCGCAAUACAAACACUACACGAGCCUUGUUCUGCAGGAGCUAGCUCCGGACCGUCUUGCUGAUC